GAAUUCCGGGACCCCGGUCGGAGGAGCUCCCGGCUACAAGGGGGAGGUCCCAGGCCCCAGAGGUGGGGCUCCCGGGUCCCGGCGAGAGAAGCGGCCCCAGGACCAGGGCGAGAGUCCUGGGUCCGAACGGAUCUCACCUGCCCGUCCGGUCUCCGCGCUCUCUGUCGGUGCCGGGAAGGUCAGCAGGGCAGUGAGUGUCGAAGCCGACCGCGGCCUGGGGUGAGGAAACCCAGCCUCUGAAGGCCAGCGUGCCUUGGCGAUCUCGGUGCUGGUGGAACAGGAAAGCCAGAGAUGGACCUUGUGAGACUUUCCCGGCUCUUCUGCAGCCCCUGCCCUGUGGGACUGUCCAUCCUGCAACACCUCAACCCUCUUGGAGCCCGAUGGGCAGGAGGCAGGGAGCAGCUUGCUAUGUGGCAGACCUGGCAGGUGUCAGCCUGCAGUAGUUUUUCUUGUCGGCUGCCACUAGGUCAGAGGAGCCAGAAGAAUUUGAGGAGCCUGCCUUCUGACCCGAGCCAGCCCAGCCCUGUGGCCCCUCAGGAGGAAGAGGAGGAGGAAGGCUUUGGAACCCUCUCCAACAAGUAUUCUUCCCGGAAGUUAUUCCACAAAUCAACAGCCCAGUUGUAUAACCUGCGGCUCGGGGAACAGAGUGAUGAGGAAGAGGAACUGGAGCCAAAAUUGUGGCGGGGCCGGAGGAACACCCCGUACUGGUACUUCUUUCAGUGUAAACGCCUGAUCAAGGAAGGAAAGCUGGCCGAGGCUCUGGACCUGUUUGAGAGGCAGAUGCUGAAAGAGGAACGACUGCAGCCCCUUGAGUGCAACUACACCGUGCUGAUUGGAGGCUGCGGGCGAGCCGGCUACCUGAAGAAGGCCUUCCGGCUCUAUAAUGAUAUGAAAAAACGAGACCUGGAGCCUUCCGAUGCCACGUACACAGCCCUGUUCAAUGUCUGUGCUGAGUCCCCCUGGAAGGACUCAGCUCUGCAGACUGCCCUGAAGCUCCAGCAGCAGCUCCGGGCCAAAAAUUUCCAGCUCAAUCUGAAAACAUACCACGCCCUGUUGAAGGUGGCUGCCAAGUGUGCAGACCUGAGGAUGUGCCUCGAUGUAUUAAAGGAGAUCGUCCACAAGGGCCAUGUGCUCACAGAGGAGACCUUCAAUUUCCUGCUUAUGGGCUGCAUCCAAGACAAAACGACCGGCUUCCGAUAUGCUCUGCAGGUGUGGAGACAGAUGCUGAGUCUGGGGCUCGAGCCAAAUCGGCACAGCUAUAACCUGCUGUUGGGGGCUGCUCGAGAUUGUGGCCUGGGGGACCCAGAGGUGGCCUCCAGGCUGCUCUUGAAGCCCAGAGAGGAGAUGGUCCUGAUCCAGUCCCCCACAGGCAAGCAGCGCGCAGGGAGGAGAGACAGGCCCAGGGCAGAUGGUGGCAUGUCAGCCAGACUGCACACGGAGGCCCUGGAGAGGCAGCUCUUCAUGGAACUUUCACCAUCACUGGAGGCCCCUCCAGAACCUUCAGAGGCCACAGUGCCUGGCAAGGCCCAGCCUGAGAUGGGAACCAAGGCAGAGCCCAGCCACACUGCAGCCCUUGCCCCAGGGAGCCUAAAGUCACCUCCCUUGGAGCUGGUGGAGGUCAACCUCCUGGCCCUCGGGGCUGUCUCUCCAGCUGUGGUCUCACUUGGGACAGUGACCACCCCUGCUGACAGGCUGGUCUUGAUGGGGGGUCUGGAGGGCUUCCUAGGCAAGAUGGCAGAGCACGGGCUACAGCCCGACAUUAAGACCCUCACACUACUGGCCGAGAUGGUGGAGCCUGGCAGCCCUGCGGAGUCCUCGCUGCUGAGUGUCCUGGACAGGCACAAGGUGGAGGCUGACGUGACGUUCUUCAACACCCUGAUGAGGAAGAAGAGCAGGCUGGGGGACCUGGAGGGGGCAAAGGCACUGUUGCCAGUCCUGGCGAAGAGGGGACUCAUCCCCAAUCUGCAGACGUUCUGCAACCUGGCCAUUGGGUGCCACAGGCCUGGAGAUGGUCUGCAGCUGCUUGCAGACAUGAAGAAAUCCCACAUGACCCCAAACGUCCACAUAUACAGCACCCUCAUCAAUGCAGCCCUCAAGAAGCUGGACUAUACGUAUCUCAUCGGCAUCCUGAGGGACAUGAAGCAGAGCAGAGUCCCAGUGAAUGAAGUGGUCAUCCGCCAGCUGGAGUUUGCAGCCAAGUACCCACCCACCUUUGACCGGUACCAAGGGAAGAAUACCUACUUGGAGAAGAUUGACGGUUUCCGAGCUUAUUAUAAGCAGUGGCUGAAAGCAAUGCCAGCAGAGGAAACCCCCCACCCUUGGCAGGUGUUCCAGACCAAACCCAAAGGAGGCCAGGACACCGUCAGAGACACUGGUGUCGACAGAGGCCUUGGGGGCAGGUGAUGGGGCACAUGGCGAGAACAGUGUGUGGACCUUUCAGUGCCUGGGGAGCCGCAUGCUGCAGGUGUUAGUUUAGAGGACGGAUGCCAGGCCCAGGCUGCCCAAGUCCACAGCAGGUCCUACAGCAGCUCCAGUCACCUCAGCUCACCCUCGCCUGAGAGGUCACCUGUGUACCGGUCCCGGGCCUGGCACUCUUCCAGGUUCCAUUGCCUGCUGCCCUGAAAGACUAACAGAGGACUCGAGAGCUUUAAAGGUUUUAUUGUUACAAAUCACAGCUGGUGAACACCAGCCCUUCACCCGAAGAGACCACACUCCAACGUGGGCCCAGAGUGCUGGUCCAACAAGAGUUGCUCCCAGGAAUGGGGUGGCACAGCAGGAACCCGCAAGGUCCAAAGUCCAGGAUGGAGAGGGCUCGGAGCCAGAUGGCCUCAGCCAGAGCAGCCCCGGCAGCCGCAGUGUGUACACUCGAUGAUGCGACCCUGCAAAAGAGGACAGCUGCCCGUGAGACACCACACCCAGCCACGACCACACCCCUGCAGCCACCACACUAACCCUGAGCAGGGUGCCAACGGGACUUCCUGCAGAACACUUCUCAGAACCCUUCAUGGGCAGUACCGGACAAGGGGAUUUGAGUUUCCUCACGAAAAGGAAACAAGCUAGGUGUGGUGGCACAUACCUGUAAUCCCAGCACUUGGGAGGUUGAGACAGGAGGAUCACUUUGAAUUUUAGGCCAGCCUAGGCUACAUAGUGAGUUUAAGUCCAGUCUGAACUACAACAUCUUGUAUCCAAAAAAAAAAAAGGGAAGUGACUAUCAACACUGAUGUUACAUCUUUAUGUGCAUUUAAUUCAUGCCAAUUCAACAUACAUUCUUGCUCAGAACAAA